AUGGGAAGAAAAAACUUGCCCUCUGAUAUUCAUUCACCAUUUCAUUCAAUAAUUGCUUUACAAUAUUUCCUUAUUGAUCCAAUUAAAGUUUUUAUAACAGGGUCUGGAACUAUACAUGAAGUUGAAAUUAAAACCCCAAAUGAUUUACCAAAAAAUAGCAUAAAAUAUGUUUUAUCGUUAUUUCCAAUUCUAUUUUGGAUAAAAAAUUAUAAUUUGAUAUGGCUUUCGGGUGACAUAGUCGCAGGGUUGACAGUUGGCUCAGUCGUAAUACCACAAGGAAUGGGAUAUGCUGUUUUAGCUUCGCUGAAACCUGAAUAUGGAUUAUAUUCAUCGUUUGUUGGUGUAUCAAUAUAUUGCUUAUUCUCCACUUCGAAGGAUAUCACUAUAGGACCAACCGCUGUAAUGUCAUUAUUGAUUGGUCAGAUAAUAACUGAAAUAGAAAAAAAUAACCCUGAUAUAUAUUCUGCUCCACAAAUUGCCAUCUCCUUGGCUUUGAUCUGUGGUUUGAUUUCUCUGGUAAUUGGUUUAUUAAGACUUGGGAUCGUUGUUGAUUUUAUCCCUGCCCCUGUUGUUGCCGGAUUUACUACUGGAUCAGCCAUAACAAUCACUAUUCCUAAAUUGUUGGGAAUAACAAAUAUUGAUAGUAAAGAAGCAGCCUAUUUGGUAUUAGGAAAAUCUUUAGGAGGGUUACCACGUGUAAAAAUAGACGCAGCAUUAGGAAUAUUUUCAUUGGUUUACUUGUACGGAUUAAAACAUGGAUCAAGAUAUUUGGCAAAACGUUAUCCAACAAAAGAGAGAUUGUUUUUCUUUAUUGAAAUAUUAAGAAACAUUACUGUGGUUAUCAUUUGUACACUUAUUGCAUUCCUAUUGAAUAUUGGUAAAGAUACAAAUCCAUUCAAAAUAUUGAAGAACGUACCAAGUGGAUUCUCUCACAUUGGACCUGCAUAUCUUGAUUUGCCAUUAAUGAGAUUGAUUGCAAACUAUUUGCCUAGUGUCACAAUAAUCAUGAUAUUAGAACAUGUCGCAAUCGCCAAAAGUUUUGGUAGAAUAAAUAAUUAUAAAAUAAAUCCAAAUCAAGAAUUAAUCGCUAUAGGGACAACUAAUAUACUUGGUUCGUUUUUUGGUUCAUAUCCUACAACUGGGUCGUUUUCUAGAACUGCUUUAAAAGCAAAAUCAGGUGUCAGAACCCCUUUAGCUGGGAUAUUUGCUGGCAUAUUAGUAAUACUGGCAUUAUUUUUCUUGACUGAGGCUUUUUAUUAUAUUCCUGAUGCUGUUUUAGCAGCCAUCAUCAUACAUGCAGUACUUACACUUUUGGUGAUAUUAGUACGUUUAGCAAGAGCAAAAUAUGAAAUAUUGGGAAAAAUCAAAUUAGCAACAAUUCAACCACCUGAUGGAGUAUUAAUAUUUAGAUUGGAUGAAUCAUUGACCUAUCCAAAUGCUUCAUACAUUGAUGAUCAAAUUGUAAAAUACUGCAAGAAGAACACUCAAAGAGUUUACCAGCCACCACUAAAAAAAGGUGAUCGGCCAUGGAAUGAUUUUACAGUUUACGGUGAUGCCAGUAAAGAAGAGGAGGUAGAAAAUUCAAAAAAACCAAUUCUGAAUGCUAUAGUAUUUGAUUUUAUCGCAGUCGGUUCCUUGGAUUCAACUGGACUACAAUUUUUAAUUGAUAUGAAAAAGGAGUUGAACAAGUAUUCUGGACAUCAUGUAGAAUAUCACUUUGCCAAUGUUAUCAGUACUAGUAUUAAAAAUAGUUUAAUUGUUGGUGGGUUUGGAACUUUAGAAGGUGAAAGUGGGCAUGUUACGGAAGGUGAUGUUGUAGAACAAAUUGCAUUAAGUCAUAAUGAUACAAUCAUUAAAAAUAGUAGGACUCAUAAAAGAUAUUUUCAUUUGACUUUACAAGAGGCUGUAACUGCAGCAACCAAUGUUAGAUUCUUAGAAAUUGAUACUGAUAAUAAUUUUGAUGCAUCAUCUAAUAUAACAACGCCCAUAAUCACCGCACCAUCAACCUCUUCAACCCUUCCUAGUUUUACAACACCUACAAGUACAACUUCAUCCAUUAGUAGUAGCUUUAAUGUUGGAUUACCUAGUAGUACCACAGACGCACAAAAUGAUUCUGGUGGUAGCACAACAAGUACUGCGACAAUAAUCAUAACUGCAGUGUCAAUAGGAUUAGUAACUUUGGCAAUAAGUGCACUGAUAACAUUUUGUGUACGUAGACGAUUAAGAUUAUUGAGAUCGUCUAAACGAAAUACAGAUUUUUUUGAUGAUUUCAAUCCAAGUAGCAAUUCUAUUUUUGAUAUUAACAGGAAACAUGAUGGUUACAGUGAUGGUAAAGGAAAAAGAUUUUCGUCGAUUUUUGAAAAAAAUACAACAUCAAGAAUAAAUAAUACAGACAGAGAUGUUUCUAAUACUUUGGCAACUACUCCGAGAAAAAUGUUAAGAAGUAAUGGUCGUCAUAAUGGUAAUGAUUAUGACCAACCAUAUCAGAAUCCAACUUAUAAACAGCAACCAUUUAAUCCUCCAUAUUAUUAUCACCAUCAACAAUUUCAUCCUCGUCCUCCUCCAAUACCAAAUAAUCUAUAUAACUAUCCACCGCCAUCUCAUCCUUAUACAAGUUCUUCACCAUAUAAUUUAAUCAAUAAUAAUGUCGCAUUGAAUAGGGUCCCAUUAUCACCAAAUCAAGAAAAUAGAAAUUUUGUCAAUAGCAGUAAUAGUAAUAAUGCCAGUGGUCCACAAUUAAAUUAUAAUAGUUAUAGCAAUUUAAAUGUUCUUGCUAAUUAUUUUAAUGAUAAGCCCACAAAAAAUGGCAACAAAAGCAUUAAAGAAAAAAAUGAUUUAAAUUCUGAUGAUGGUGGAAAUAAAAAUAAAUCACGAUUAGCUUCGAGAAAAUUAAAUCGAAUUUCU